CGCGUCUCAUUACAGCCACGAGGGUUUAACGGCAGUCAAAAGACAGACUGUUCGCGAUACGCACGGUGUGCAGCCUGUUGGUUCCUUAUCGCGGAUUUCGCGAUUUUUCACAGGCUCCGGGUCUUCUAAGAGUGGACCUGGCGCUCCGCCAAUUAAUACGGAGUAUAUAAAAACCAUCCGGGAGUUGAGACGCGCAUGGUCAGCGCUCGAAGUGCAGUGGGUGCAUCGUGCAUCACCAGUUGUGUCAUGGGAGUGUCGAGGAAUACAUCGUCCUAAGACCGCAGGACCCAAUCCUGCAGAGGAUACUUAAAACAAAUACGCACUUCUUUGAUUUCCAAAAAUAAGAGGGAAAACCUUCGACUUGGGGUCAAUCCUCGGCAAUUUUAGGGCAGAUGCGACAUUCAUGUGCCUGAUAGAGGACGACGAUUAGACCACCGUGAGUCAAUAUUCAGAAAAAAUAUGGACCAACGGAUCCUCCAUAAAUUCCUAAUGAGUCUCGUGGCAAUUACAACAUUUACAUCAGCCAUAACGCUGGAGCGACGCGAUAGACACAUAGAUGCAACAGAAGAAUCUAGUCAUCCCUUACAUUGGACGAAUUCUCCAAGGCACAAAAAUCCAUUGAGCAGGGGAGCUAACAGACUAACCACGGAAUCCGGAAAGAGAAUCUCCCAGAUACUAAUCGGCGGUCAUAAGCGAUUAACCACCGAGCGUGACAAAGAUGAUACGCUUUGGGAUGACGGCAUUCUUAUGUCCUCCGCCGGAAAUGGAAAAGAACGAAAAUCCAGUUCGGAUGAAGACGACGAAAAGAAAACCCUCGCUCAACAAGUGAAAGAGGGCAAGUACGGCCUAAUUCAGAACGAGCUCUAUCCAGAAGAGCCCAAACGACCCGGGAUCAUCAGUUACUUUUCCAAUUCUGAAGUUCCUAAGGAUAAUCUAAAAAACCUUGGAGGCCUCGAUGAGGAUGAGGUAUGGUUGGCAGAAAACCACGUACUGGUUCUUCGAGGUGGAACGUUUCCUCAACACGAGGCAGAAAACCACUAUUCUAAACCACAGAAAUGGCCGCCCAUCGACGACUACGAAGCUCCCAAGAGGCAGGUCAAGAUCCCGACAAAACCGAAGGUUCCGCCACCGUUCCCGAUCCAGCUUUCAGACGGUGGACCGGUUCAGCUCUUCGGGAGCAAUGGGAAAAGUUCCGAUAACGCGACUAUGGAUUACGAGGGUAUGACUGGAUCUAAGGGCUAUCUGCCAGGAGAAGGACCCUUCUUUUCCUUCCCCCCAAGCGACACCCUCGCUUCACCUGAUCUUGUUAAAUCCGUCAACGGCACAAGGGGGAUGGUUCCUGAAAAGAAAAGCAAGUCGGAUCCACCUUUAGGAAUCCCUGGUCCAUUUUUCCCAGCACUUCCACCAGGCGCUGUCUUCGUACCACCUCCAGGAAAUAUGUCUGACUAUGACGAAGAUGACCAGUCAAUUUACUAUCCUCCACCAUACAGUUUCAUCUAUCCUCAGGACAACACGACUGCAAUACCUCCGGGUCCUCUUGUUCCUGGCAUCAUUCUACCCCCGCCUCCAGAUUUCUUCGCUUCUCAAGAGGAUAAUAAAACCACACCAAAGCCAAAAGCAAAACGACCUACCACUAAACCAAUUCCGAAAGCUCGAUCAACCUAUUUCCCCCCAAGGAAGACUGGCACAAAACUUUACAAAACUACAACUGCAAUGACUCUAUCUCCAAUCAAAGUUGGUACUUUGCCAAUUAGAACUAAGGUUUUCAGCAAGACCAAGGGAAAAAACACGACGAUGCACAAACCAUUCUUCGUCGAAGUAACUACAGCCCCUACAGUAAAAACCACUACUCAAACUCCAGUCAACUUUGAAAUAAGACCUACAAGCAUAAACGCGAUUGACAAAAGCACGGAGAAAAAUCCUUGGAGAUCGGUGGUUAGUAGCAAGCAUGUUCCUCUGUCACGUUACUAUGCGAGUACGAUUCCUUCUUCUGUGGAACCAGUUGAGGCAACACCCGCUUCAAUUAAGAAUGCUCUCACAUACAAGCAAGUCGGAAGAGUUCCUAGUCAGGCGUCUUACUACUUCUACGAAGAAGCAACCAAAGAACCUACGACAGUGAAUCCAUAUCUCCACUACCACACAACGACAGAAGCAUCCUUCUUCAAGGUCGAGAUGCUUCCGCCAACGCAGGAGAGGAAAAAGCAUUACAGCAUCGAGAUGCUGCCAUCUAGAGAGACAACUAAGGACAUUAGUGUCAAGCUGGUCGAUUCUAUUGUGAAAGACCCACAAAUCUUCCACUACACAGAAGCUAGAGAAUCAACGCCGAUGAAGUACGCAAAAGAAAAUUCUAAGGAGAUUCUUCCUCAUAAAGAGAAUAUCCCUUCUAGAGAGAGUCCCCGCAUGCUCUCAGAUACCGCACCAUUAUACUACGAAUCCAUAUCUGGCAGAUCUCCCUUAACUCUGAGUUCCUAUUUUACAACACCAAAACCGAAGAGUUACUUCCGUCAGGAGACAACCGAAAAAGCCAACAGCAAAGUGGAGCGGAAGCCGCAGCCAAUUUAUCAGUAUAGUUUCGAAGCCGCAGGUUAUUCCAAGCAAGAUAAACAGAAGCAGCAACCUGAGCAUGCUUUCUACAACGAAUACCAGGACAUCCAAACCGUGAGUGAUCAGUACGAUUAUGAGGGGACGGAGCCAGUUUCGGAACCGCAAAUACGAACUGGGAGAAUUCCAACACAGAGAAUUCCUUCCGAAAGGAUUUUACCCGAGAGUAUUCCUUCCGAGAGGAUUCCUUCCCAAAGAAUUCCUUACAAAAUCCAAUCCUUCUACUCUACAACCACCUCACCCUACACUGAUACAACAAUGGACCCUCACCAGGCCUACUUCACCAAACAAGAGGAGCAACUCCUAGAUGAUGUUACUAAAGAAUAUUUCACCGUCUUUGGCAAAAAGCUAAACAGUAAAUCACAAAGCACGACUCCCCUCUACGGAAAAGUCAGCAGUGUAACAGAAAAGCCAAAAUAUAACACCUACGUUUCUAGUAACUAUGACCCCAGACAGCACAAAACCUCUAAAGUUAAGGUCCACUACGGUGAUCAAUCACAAGGGCCUUUUUCACUCAAGGGCGACACGCUCGUGAAUUACAAACACCCACUGCCUUCUAUCAACCCUGAUAGCGAGUACAUAACUGUUGUGAAUCCUCCACAUGUCUCCCAGGAAUAUCAAGUCCAGGAGAUCAUUCCUGUGGAAAACCAAGUGAAAGACUACAGACCCCAACCUAUUAGGGCUCGCCCGAGCUACUCGCCUGUUAGGAACUACGGAAGCCAAAAAAUACAUCAGAACCGGAGUCCAAAUGAUUUUUCGCCGAUCCCAGAUCCCAGGAAUGGAUUUUAUCCGACAAGAUCUGUAUCUCUCGAGGGCGAUGUUGCCAUCAAUUAUGGCAACCCACGUCCGCCGAUCAACCCUGACGCAGAAUUCAUCACGCCGAUUCGGAAUUCUGAAGCGGACAAAAGCUCCUACUUUGCGUAUAGUUUACCAGGGGAUGGGGGCCAUUUUUACUUUUUGACACCACAAGCCAUCGAGCACAGACAGGAUGAUGGAGGAUAUUUGUACGCAAAAGCAAGAACGCCUAGACUUCUGAGGCGGAGACGCGGUCCUGCGAAAAACAUAUGAGGAAAAUCAGUGUUGGUAACAUUUCAUUUGCUUAAUUGGUCUCAACCACAGUAAACCAAAAAUUACCACUCACGCCCAUUUCCGGAUCGAGGUUCAAAUCAAAUUGCCAUAACUGGAAGGAGGAUCACAUGUAUUUAGGCUGCUUCUACAACUGUAACGUAAAAGCUAGGUGGAAAAAAAAUAGAAGAGACAAAUAGUAGAAUUUUCGUUAGACACUUUAGUAUCGUCAUUCUUUUGAUUUGUUUCCGCCUAAAGUUUUAGUUAUCCGCAAACUAACGGAGCAAUUGGUCCGUCUGUUUGCGGAACCGGAGAUUGUGGUGGGCCUUUACAGAAAUGGCCUUACGCUUAGAGUUUUUACGCAUAUAGUAUAUAAGUGUAGAAUAUUUAUUGCCUGUAAAUACAGCCGACUAAGUUAACAGUAAUGUUUUUAUUAUUAAUGUACGAUUGGAUGAUUAAAGCCUUAAUUUAUGCGACAUAACUUCUUUCCCAUACCGAUACACAAUGAUGCAUUACCGUCUGCGUAAAUGAGCUAAGGUGCGAUUGUGAUUGACUCUCCCGUGUGCUUGCACACUGCCUGUGAUUAAUGAUUGAAGAUGUACAUACGUAUACGAAACAGCGGUUCAAAAUAUACUGACACGAAUUUGAUUCAUAAAUCACCGUAGGUUGUUAAGCCUCAUCAAUGUUUUUUCCGCCGUAUGAAAAAAAGUCUUCCGUAAAUCUUUCACUAGCAUAAGUCUACGAAUAAUGAAGAUACUCCAGAUCUUUUAUCAGCAUGGAGCCUUAAGUCUUAGAUAAGUAAGGAAACAGUAUUAAAGAGUGAAAUGGGAUAUUCGAAAAGUCAGAAACAUCUUAUGUGGUCUGGCCGUAGUUAAGAAAGAGCAUUGCCGCCCAUAUUAUUCUAGUAUAAUUAUCUGUAGUCUACUCACUGAGAUUAAACUCAGGCCAUCGAUUCUUUAAAAUCACGAGAUAUUCACUAGAGCAAAUUCAAGUAUAAAUAUAUUAUUAUGUGCUGCAACUUUCAUUAAGAGCAAUCUCGUGAACGGCGACGUUCCCUUUAAUUGUAUGAGACGAAUAAGAAUAACGACAGAGAGAGAGAAUAAAUGAAAUAUCUAAAAACUA